AUGUCCAAACUCUCUGCCAGUCUCAAAUCCUUGAUCAAUUCCCCUGCUGCGCGGCCACAUACGGUGCCAGCGCCACCUAACAUCAGUCAUGUCUAUCGCGCGAUCCAGCAAACAGCCGCGGCCCACAAGAUCUCACAGCCCUCAUGGCUUGCACUCUCGACCGCCGCAACAAUGACCAUGAACUCCCCCGAUUCACUAGCCGCCCUUUACCAACUCGCCUCCUCCUCUUCAUCCGCCACCGACCAAAACGCAGCCGUCGCCUCCGCGGAGCUCAUGCGUGAAGUUGGCUUAAAAUGCAUCAGUUUCAACGGCAUUCCCCGAACAAUCAAUUGCCUCAACGCCUUCCGCGCCAGUCUCCCCGAAGACAUCGCCGCGCAGCUUUCCACCACACCCACCCGCACCCCUACGCCCGACAACAUCGCCGCAAUUUCCGCCCGGGGUCACGCCCUCUGGGACUCCAUCUACCGUCCCUUUGAAAAGAAGCUCUACCAGAAACUGGGCACGUCGCAUCCGGAUCUCCCUGUGCAUAUCCUGCACGCGAACUAUGGGGCGCUCCUAUCGGAUCCCGAGCGUGAGACUGGGGCAUCGGCGGGCCGUGUGCUGACCUCUCUGGUGGCGGUGGCUUGUUUGCGCGCGCAAUCGGGAGUCGGGCCUCAGGUCAUAUCGCAUGUCUUUGGGUUGCGCAAGGCGUUGGAGGAUGGAAGUUGGGCGAGUGAUGUGGAGAGCGAGGCGGGUGCGCGGUGGUUGGCGAGUGAUGAGGGGAACAUGUGGAUUUUGGAGAGUGUCGAUGCGAUUGUAGAGGCCAUUGGUGGAGGAAUGGGGUCGAACUUUGCUCCGGCGAGAGCGAAGCUGUAG